AUGAAUUCUCCGAGUGAUCCGUUCUAUGAUUCCACAGAGGCAGUAGAAGAACUUGAGGUUCUUUCUGCAAUAUACGAAGAAGAGUUUUUCAUCUUGGAACCUGAGAACAGAGUCUACGAGAUCAGAAUCCAUUCAAAAAUUGAUGAUGCAGCUAACAAAGAACAAAUAAUCCUGAAAUUUCAGCAAGUUCCAGGCUAUCCUUCGAUCAAUCCACUGAAAUAUGAAUUGCAUGCACCUUGGCUUAAGUAUGAUAUUUUGAAUGAGCUCGAAAAACAAUUGCAGCUGACAGUCUCGUCUUCACUUGGCUCCCCAGUUGUUCAUUUAUUGGUUGAAACUAUUCGAUCAUUCAUCUGUAAUUACUUGUCUUCAAGUGCUGAGAAACUAACCAAUCAUCAGGUUAAAGCACCAUCAUUACAAUCUGUUUCGGAGAAUCAAGAAACAUCUAGCGUGGUUGCAUCUGUGCCUUCAGUAAAAUCCCACCUUGAUAUAUCUCCCCAGAUUUUACCAUUUGCUUCAAACUCAAAAGCACCAGAGAUUUAUCAUGGUGAACCGCUCAUAGAUCGUAAAAGUAUUUUCCAGGCUCAUUGUGCACAUGUUUCGACCCGUGGUGAAGUAUCUCUUUUUAUAUCAACACUGCUUAUGGAUAGAAAAAUUGCUACAGCAACUCAUAAUAUCUUAGCAUGGCGCAUCUCCUCCAAAGAAUCUGACUGUGAUGAUGAUGGAGAAGCACAUGCUGGUGGUCGACUGUUACAUUUACUUACAUUAUCAGGAAUUGAAAAUGUAGCAGUUAUGGUAAGUCGUUGGUUUGGUGGUAUCCAACUUGGACCGGAUCGAUUCAAGCAUAUCAACAAUGUUGCUCGCCUUCUUUUAACUGAACACAAAUUCUUAACGAAUUCUACUGUUGAUGAUAAUAAUAACAAUAAUAGUAAUACUAAUAAUACAAGACAUCAGAAAAAGCACAAACACGAUAGAAAGAAAAAGCAAUAAAAAUGACUUUUGUUUCUUUGAAACAAAAACUGACUUUUACUAUUCUUUGUUCUGUAUUUGUUUUGAUGGGUUGGUGGCACGGCUCAGAAUCAUUUACAAUAGCACAAAUACAUUCGACCAUUGUCGUCUAACGUUUAUUAUUGCUACUAUAUUAUAUGUAUUUCUAUUGUUAUUUUCAUCUCAUACUAAACCAACGCACAUCUGUACCAGACUCUAUUUUUUUCGUCCUAAGAACUGCAUGCUUUUAUUUUCGAUAGUAAUAAACAACACGUG